AGCAUUAAAACAGUUUUGAUCCGGCUUACGUUUUGCAUUUAAGCAUUUACUGAUACCUCUUUGAUUUGAUCAAACCAGGUACUUGAAAAUGGUCAUCUUCCCUAUUCACCAAAUUGGUCUGUUGGAUCCAGAUUUUACCACAAUGGGUCUUGAGGACCCCUCGGAGAUUUACAGACCGGAACCCCCUCAAUUCGAACUGGACAAAGCAAUGGAGAACUUCAGGGACUACGAAAACUUGGAGGGGGAAAUGAUAAGAGUCAGGGAUACGUACUACGAUAUGCACAAGAACCAGACUCAUCAGUUUGCUUGUGAUCAGCGAGAAAAGUACAGGUCAGGAAUAAUGGGGAAGCACACGAUAAUGGAGAUGAUGGACGUGGUGGCUAAACUAGUGGAUGAGAGUGACCCGGACACCUCGCUACCUAAUGAUAUACACAUGUACCAGACAGCUGAGAGAAUAAGAGAAGCCCAUCCAGACCAGCCAUGGUUUGCUCUGGUAGGUUUAAUCCACGACCUGGGAAAAGUGCUGGCCCUACACGGUGAACCCCAGUGGGCAGUGGUGGGAGACGUCUUUGUUACCGGCUGCCAACCUGGAUCCUCAGUCGUCUUCGGAUUACCCAGUUUCAAAGGAAACCCGGACAUAGCAGAUCCGCGCUACAACACCAAGUACGGGAUCUACAGUCCGAACUGUGGACUGAACGAAGUGGUGACAUCUUGGGGGCACGACGAAUACAUGUAUCAGGUUCUUACCAGGAACAAGGCCACUAUACCUACUGAGGGACUGUACAUGAUACGGUACCAUUCACUGUAUCCCUGGCAUCACCAUGAAGACUACCAUCACCUUUGCUCUGACAUCGACAUGACCAUGCUUCCCUGGGUCCAAAAAUUCAGUUCGUUUGAUCUGUACUCCAAAGGAGCAGAGAUACCCGAUGUAGAAGCAGUUAAGCCGUUCUACGAAGAUCUGAUAGACAAAUAUUGCCCCGGUAAGCUCCUCUGGUGAAAUAAUCAUGCCCAGAUAUUGGACAAGCUCCUUUGGUGAAAGAUCGCGAGAUUUUACGAUUUUAACGCUCUAUUAUCUAUGACUAUACUC